AAAAGAAAGAGGAGGGGAAAGAGAAUAGAGAGACAGCAGGACCAAACUCACUGCCUUCUUUUCCUCCAGUGCUCUCUUCCUUCUUUCUCCUAGUGACUUCAGGCUGAGAUCAACAGAUAGGAUGCUGGGCCUCAGCUCCCUGUCCACACUCCUCCUCCUGCUUCUCCUCUCCCCCCCUCCGCUGUCUGCCCAGGAGGUGCUUGUACGUCUAGCAGGCGUAGGCCGGCGCAAUGCAAACGAGGGACGUGUGGAGGUGUUCUACAAUGGCGCAUGGGGCACAGUGUGUGAUGACGAGGUGGAUCUUAACCUGGCCAAUGUGGUGUGCCGACAGCUGGGCUUCCAACGUGGCUUUACCUGGGCGCACAGUGCCAAGUUUGGCGAGGGACAAGGUUUGAUCUGGUUGGACAAUGUGCGCUGCAAGGGCACAGAGCUCUCUAUUGCAGAGUGUCGCUCCAAUGGUUGGGGAAUCAAUGACUGCACCCAUGCUGAGGACCUGGGGGUCAUUUGCAGCCCAGAAAGGAGACCUGGCUCCCCUGCUGUCUCCUUGGAGGAGGCUCCUUCAUCCUCCAGGCGCCAGCCAAGACAGAGAAACCCACCACCGUCACAGUCUGCGUCCCCUCCAGCUCCAGCCCAAAUCUCUUCUUCUGCAAGAGGCCAUGAGAUCGCCCUCCAUCGCAACCCAACUUCUUCCCGUCGCAGCAGCAUCUCACCGCAGGAAAAUGGCCACGAGAUCCAAAUCUUGCGACGGAAUCGAGGCGGUUCCAGAGCAGGCCCACAGGUUAGCUCAGCUCUGCCACAAGGGCACGAGCUACCUUCACAUCUGGCAAACGGCGCUUCCUACAGGCAGAGACAGGAGACAGCGAGGACCAGUCCACAAGCAGUGAGACGAGAGGCAGACAGACAGGUAGACAGGCAGACCCAACCCCAGCAGAGGAGUGACGGGCAUCAGCAGCUCAGUGGAAACCAUGUCGAACCAGAGCCUGUGUAUCCAGACAUGGGACUGGAGACUGAUGCGCACUACACACAGGGAUCUGUUCACUUAGAGGAGGCUCGUCUAAGGCCUGUACUGUCCAGCAACCAUGGCGGUCUGGUGACGGAGGGAGUGCUGGAAGUGAAGCAUGCUGGGAGGUGGCGUCACGUGUGUAACCAGGGCUGGGACCUCAGCAGCAGCCGUGUCGUAUGUGGCAUGUUAGGAUUCCCUGCUGCAGAAGCGUUUGACCAAAACGCCUACAGGAAACUGUGGGACUCCAAAUUAGCUGAUCCGUCCUCCAGGCUGAGGACACAGAUCAGUAAGAAGGCCUACUGGGUGGAGAAGGUGCAGUGUCAGGGCGUGGAGGUCUCUCUGUCACAGUGCCAGGCACAGCUGUCAAUCCCCAGGAGUGAUGUCCCAUGCCGAAGUGGCAUGCACGCUGUGGUCCGCUGUGUCCCUGGAUCCCAGUUCACACGCUAUGGCAGAGCACCUGCGCCACCUGCUGUGCCGCCAGUCGUGCGUCUGAAGGCGGGGCCCCGGGUCGGGGAGGGCCGCGUUGAAGUGCUGAAGGAGGGGAAGUGGGGCACCGUGUGUGACCACCUGUGGGGCAUCACUGCAGCCAGCGUGGUCUGCAGAGAGCUGGGCUUUGGGACAGCCAAAGAAGCCCUCACCAAGGCUCAUCUGGGACAGGGUACUGGUCUCAUCCACAUGAACAGUGUGCAGUGUACAGGCCGGGAGAAGUCGAUUACAGAAUGUACCUACAGACAGGUGCCGCUUUACACCUGCAAACACAGCCAGGAUGUAGCAGUCCGCUGCAACGUGCCAAACACUGGCAUGCAGGCCACGGUGCGUCUGGCAGGAGGCAGAGAGCCAGCGGAGGGCCGUGUGGAGGUGCUAAUGGAGGUCAGAGGGGUGAAGCGUUGGGGCUCCGUCUGCAGUGAGAACUGGGGCAUCAACGAGGCCAUGGUGGUCUGUCGACAGCUGGGCUUAGGCUUCGCCUCAAGAGCUCAUCAGGAGACCUGGUACUGGCCUGGUUCUUCAGAUGCUGGUGAGGUGGUUCUGAGUGGAACUCACUGCAUCGGCACUGAGAUGUCCAUCCAGCAGUGUCGCAGAAACACAAAUGUCUACUGCCCCAGAGGAGGAGAUGGCAGGGCUGCAGGAGUCACGUGUGUAGAAACUGCUCCUGACCUUGUCCUGGAUGCCCAGCUCGUCCAAGAGACAGCCUACUUGGAGGACCGACCCCUCCACCUGUUGACCUGCGCUAAUGAGGAGAACUGCCUGUCCUCCUCUGCUGCCAGGAUGAACUGGCCCUACGGACACCGCCGCCUGCUGCGCUUCUCCUCCCGCAUCAUGAACCUGGGCCGCGCCGACUUCCGACCCCGAGCCACCAGAGAAAGCUGGACGUGGCACCAGUGUCACAGGCACUACCACAGCAUCGAGGUGUUCACUCACUAUGAUCUGCUGACCUUCAAUGGGACCAAGGUGGCUGAAGGUCACAAGGCCAGCUUCUGUCUGGAGGACACCUACUGCCCUGAUGGUAUCCACAAGCGGUAUGCCUGCUAUAACAUGGGACAGCAGGGUAUCUCAGUUGGCUGCUGGGACACCUACCGCCACGAUAUUGACUGCCAGUGGAUCGACAUCACAGACAUACGACCUGGUGAAUACAUCUUCCAGGUGGAGGUCAACCCUUCCUUAGACAUGGCUGAGUCUGAUUUCCAGAACAAUGUGAUGCGUUGCCGGUGCAAGUACGAUGGAGCACGAGUUUACAUGUUUGGAUGCCAUGCAGGCGAUGCUUACAGCGCCGAGGUGGAGGACUUGUUUGACCACCAACGUCAGAUCUCCAACAACUUCCUGUGAAUUAAGGAACACGCAGAUUUAAGGACAGAACAACUGUACAACUCCUCACCACACCUCAACAUGUCAGGGGAAGGAGGUUGAAUGACAAUGACAUGCCAGUAAAUAGAAAGAUGAGGAUCAGAGGGAGGCGGGUGGGAAACUGGAAUGGUAUGGGAGGGACUUCGUGCAAAAAUGACUAAUUAGGAUCCCGUGAUUGUCAUUAGCAGUGACUGUUACUGUUAGAAAGUCAAAGAGAUAAAAGGAGGCCGUCACAAGCAUCAUGUCACCAUGAUAAAACAGAGUAGUUCACAAUUUUUAAAAUGUGUCUCAAAAUUUGUAACAAAUUUAAUUAUCUUGAUCAAAACAUAACCACAGUUAAGAAAGUAAUGACAUGAAGGCACAUGAGAACAACCUUUACUUUUACAGUACAUCACCAGGCUGCCGUCAAUAUAAUAUCAACCCAGGUAACAGACUGUCUAUAAAACUCUGUACAUGCUUACUGUGCUUUCACUGUUCACAUUACAAAUGCAGUAUUUCCUGUUACAACUGUGUGGUUUUGAAUGAUAAUUUUUUAUUUCAUGGUGCUAUUUGCCUUAUUUGAAUAAAUAUUGUAAUGUAUUGCAAAUGUAUUGUCAUGUACAGUUUUAUAUUACCUCUCUGGAAUAUUGUUCUUUAGGUCUCUAAUUUAUGCAGAAUUUUAAUGUACUUUUGAGUUUAAACGUGUCCCUGUGUGGCUGUGUUUUGUAUUGUUAAUUUUAUUAUGAUAAGUAUUUUCAUUUGUUUGUCCUAUACCUGUUUAACAUUGGUAACAUCAGAUGAGAUCUGGUUUGUACCACGGUAUUGCGCCUUUAACAGUACUUGGUAAUGGUAGUUAAAGAAUAAACGUCAGAUUGACAAACUGUA